CUCGUCCGGCAGCUGCCUGCCAGGAGGAUGCUACCGUCGCUACGCCGUCCCGGCCACCACGUCCUUCCCCUCCUCCUGGCCCUGCUGCUACCCGCGCCGCUCCCGGCCCGCGCCCGCAUGGCACCGGGCCCCGCCGCCGCUCUGCUCCAGGCUCUUGGGCUGCGCGACGCUCCCCAGGGCGCCCCAAAGCACAGGCCCGUGCCCCCCCUCAUGUGGCGCCUGUUCCGCCGCCGGGACCCCCAGGAGGCCAGGGCGAAACUGCGAUGGACGCCUCCAGGGGCCACCCUGCGACCGUGCCACGUGGAGGAGCUGGGGGUCGCCGGAAACAUCGUGCGCCACAUCCCAGACCGCGGUGUGCGCGCCCGGAGCCCGGAGCCCACCUCGGCCGCGGGGCAGUGCCCGGAGUGGACCGUCGUCUUCGAUCUGUCGGCCGUCGACCCCGCCGAGCUCCCAAGCCAGGCCCGCCUGGAGCUGCGCUUCGAGGCGGCGGAAGCGAAAGCUGGUGCGGCGGGCGGCUGGGAGCUGCGCGUGGCGUGGGCGGUCGAGGGCGUGGGCGUGGGCCCGGUGCUGCUCCGCCAGGUGGUGGCUGCCCUGGAAACGCCAGUGCGCGCGGAGCUGCUGGGCGCCGCCUGGGCCCGGAACGCCUCGGCGCCGCGCAGCCUCCGCCUGGCACUGGCGCUGCGUCCCCGGGCCCCGGGCGCCUGCGCCCGCCUGGCCGAGGCCUCGCUGUUGCUGGUGACCCUCGACCCACGCCUGUGCCACCCCCUGGCCCGGCCGCGGCGCGAGGCCGAGGCCGCGGUGAGCGGAGGCCCUAGCAGCGCGUGUCGCGCGCGGCGGCUCUACGUGAGUUUCCGCGAGGUGGGCUGGCACCGCUGGGUCAUCGCGCCGCGUGGCUUCCUCGCCAACUACUGCCAGGGCCAGUGCUCACUGCCCGCCACGAUGCCUGGGCCCGGCGGGCCACCCGCACUCAACCACGCUGUACUGCGCGCGCUCAUGCACUCGGCCGCCCCCAGCGCCGCCGGCCUGCCCUGCUGUGUGCCCGCACGCCUGUCGCCUAUCUCUGUCCUCUUCUUUGACAACAGCGACAACGUGGUCCUGCGGCACUACGAGGACAUGGUGGUGGAUGAGUGCGGCUGCCGCUGACGUCACCCACGGGAGCGGAGCCCAAUAAACACUGCGUGGUCCAAGCUGCUGUCUGGGUCUUGUCACCUAGGGCUGAGGGAGGAAACUGCUGUACCCAUCCUAUGGGUGGUGGGGAAAGGGGCGGCGGGGGGGCCGCAGAGGCCAUCUGCCCUUACAGCCCCAGCUCCAGGCAGUCGUACACGCCAGGGCACCCUGGGAGAUGCCCCCCACUUCUUGGCAGGCCCAAGCGCUGUUCUCCCGAGGGGUGGAGGCGCCCUCUCC